CGUGUGAAAAGGAGAAGGCAAAACAAGAGAAAAUUGUUUGAGUAAGAUAGUCUGCGCAAGACAGAGAGAGAGGAAGGGAGGGAGCAAGCAAGAGAGUAAGGAGGGAGGGAGGCUGAGCAAGAGAGAGAGAGGGAAGAGACAGGCUUUGCCUUUUCUGGUAGUUAUAGUUGCUGGAAGAGCAAGCAGGAAUUCUUUGUGCUGUAGCAGAGAGAGCUGAGAUAUAAACCAGACUGUGGAGUUGAUAUACUGAGAGAGGAGGGAGUGCUGCCCAUGAACUAAACCUAAGCGUCCGCUACUCACUACAGCUAAGUCUGAACACAGAAGAAACGCUCCCAGGCCACCAUGGAUGACGACUUUGACCAGCGCAUGGAAUUGAGGAGGCAGAGGCGUGAGCAAAUGCGUCUAGACGCAGAGAAGGGCUUCAGCACAACUGAUGAUGAUGAGGAGGUGGCUCGCGAGCGUAGGAGAAACGCUCGUGAGGAACGAAUGAAAAAGGCGGAGAUGGAGGAGUCUAGCAGCAGCACCGUGACAACAGAGGUCAACAACACUCACAGUGUGACAGAGUCCUCCUCCACCGGUGCAGAGGUGAGCUCCUCAGCAGGUGAUGGGGAUGACGUGGUACUCCUGGACCGCCUGGCCAAGCGGGAGGAACGCAGACAGAAGAGGUUGAAAGAGGCACUGGAUAGACAGAAGGAGUUCGACCCAACCAUCACCGAUGGUAAUGAGAACAGCCAGGAGGAGACCUUCCCUAGCGGCCGCCACCGAGGCACAGAGGAGGAGAAGGAGGAGAAACCAGCCCAGGAGGAAGUAACCACCAACUCCUGGAGUAGAGAGGAGGAGAAGGAGGUGAAAGAAGAGGAGGCGACGCCAAAGGAGGAAGAGCCUGAACCCGUCACAGAGCCUGAGAAAGCUGAGAUGGUGGAGGAAGAGAAGAAAGAGGAAGACGUUGAAGAAACACAAAUAGUACAAGAGAAAUGUAUUGAAUUUGUUGUACCCGCUGCACCACUACAAGAGUGCGGGUUUGAAAUAUCAAUUAUGCCCAAGAUGGCAGUAGAGGAUAAAUCUGUUGAUGAGAUAGCUAAGAAAGAAGAGGAAGAAAAACAGAAAAAAGAGUUGGAAGAAAAAGAGGCUGCAGCAAAACUCAAGAAAGUGGCUGAGGAAAAGGCUGAAAAAGAAAGGAAAGAAGCUGAAGAGAAAGCUGCAAAACUUAAAAAAGAAGAGGAAGAGAAAGCUGCAGAACUUAAAAAAGAGGAAGAGAAAGCUGCAGAACUUAAAAAAGAGGAAGAGAAAGCUGCAGAACUUAAAAAAGAGGAAGAGAAAGCUGCAGAACUUAAAAAAGAGGAAGAGAAGGCUGUAAAACUGAAGAAAGAGGCUGAAGAAAAAGAAAAAGCUGUAAAACUGAAGAAAGAGGCUGAAGAAAAAGAAAAAGCUGUAAAACUGAAGAAAGAGGCUGAAGAAAAAGAAAAAGCUGCAAAACUCAAGAAAGAAGCUGAAGAGAAAGUAAAAAAAUCUAAGCAAGCAGAGGAAAAAAAGAAAGCUGAGGAGGAAAAGUCCAAAAAACGGGAGGCUGCGAAGGUGGAGCUGGAGAAACCGAAGUUAAGAUCAGUGAGGAAAGAUGAAAAGGAGUCCUCCCUCUCCAAGCAGCAGAACGGCGGUGUGGCGCGCUCCGCCGAGACCGAGGACCAGGAGCGCCUGGAGGCGGAGCGUAAGCUGGAGGAGCUGAAGCGGCGUCGUGACGAGGCGGACAGCGAGGAGUUUGAGAAGAUGAAGCAGAAACAGCAGGAGUCUGAGGCCGAGCUGGAGGAGCUGAAGAAGAAGAGGGAGGGGAGGAAGAAGGUCAUUGAGGAGGAAGAGAAGCAGAAGAAGGCAGAGCUGGCUGAAAAGAAGGCCAAGGAGCAGGAGGAGAGGAAGAGGUUGAAGGAAGAGAUAGAGCAAAGACGAAAAGACGCUGCAGAGAAGAAGAAACAGAUGAUCGAGGAAUCGGGCGACGGAGACAAGAAACCCUUCACAUUGGGUGUCACGCCCAAGGGCAAGAUUGGGGAGAGAGCAGAAUUCCUGAACCAGAGAGCCCAGAAAGGCUGUAAGACAUCACAUGCUCCUAUUGUCUCCAAGAUAGGCAACAGACUGGACCUAUACACUGCUGCAGUUCAGACCAACCGGGAUGUGAGGUCUCCUAAGUCUCCGGUCUCAGACCUGCCAGAGACACCAAGCAUCCGCAACAUCAAGAGCAUGUGGGAGAAAGGGAACGUUGGGGGGGCCACUGAAAGUCCCAAGCCUAUGAAUAAGGAUGCUGCUGAUAUUAAAGUGGGUGUGGCUGGACUGACCAAAGGCUGGGGCAAGAGCCCAGCAGACACUGGCAAGGCAGCUGCAGCCGCAGCUGAGAAGGCUGACGACCUGAAACCUGUUGAUGUGGGCAACAAGCGCAGCCUAUGGGAAACAAAGGGCUCCUCCCCUGCUAAGGUGACAGUUGGAGGCAAGAACAAAUCUGUCACAAAUGCAGGUGUGGGACGCUAAUGAUCCAAAGUAAAAACCCUGAGGAAGAAGCCCAAACUGAUGAAAUACAAGACUCUACUCUGUGUAUUCAUAACCAAAAAUAUCUCCAUAACAGCCCUGCAGGGGUUGGCACCCAAAUUAUUUUUCAGUUCUGAACAGAAACAUUAUUAUUUUUUUGUUCCGUUCCACUGUUCUGACCAGCAAGUUCUGAAUCUGUUCGAAACCCCCCAAAAUAAAUAUAGCGUUCCUUUCUGUUCCUUUUUAAACCUCUAAAAUGUAUUUUUCUAUAUGACUUCACCAAUCAUUGCGGAUAGAGCAGCAUGCUAUGGAGUGGGCACGCUAUAGUUGUUAACAUGCAUUGGACAGACAAGUGUAGGUCACGAGAUGCGACUACAAUUUUGCGGGUGGGGAGAGAGGGUGGAGGAGGAGGCUUGGCUUGAAGUGCUGGGCAUCUUGUUAUGACAUGCAUUUUCUGAAUUAGACCCACAGAAUUAUAGCUACGGAGGAGCGGCUUCUAUGAAGGAACUUUGAAUGUCUUUGAACUUUCGAGAAUUGGCUUAACGUUGGACUAGAGCUGUUUAGCUAGAUAACAAGCUUGUGUGUGCUCUAGUAUCCUUAACUAGCAAUGAAAAAGUGAAUCCAUUCUUCUCUACUGAAAAAUAUCUCUCCUUAAUUUCUGAAUCACGCUUGUAACAUCAGUAGGCUACAGUAGCCUAUGCUUCAGAGGGGGAGGGGCAUGUAGCCUACACACACAUAAACACUGGCAAAGAUUUUCAGCUGGCAGGCACGCACUGGAAUACGUUUUUGAGUGUGGGCUUUGCAGAGGUGCUUUGUUUUUUGUUUUUUGUGGGACUGGAAAACAAUCCCCAGAAUAUAUAAAAUAACAUUAUUAAACAGUUCCCAUGCUUGAACAAUAAUGGUUCUGUUCCAGAACAGGAUACUGUAGAUCACUUUAAUUCCUGGUUCUGAUUCUGUUCAUCGAAAGAUGUCAUUAUUUUCCGGUCUGUUCCCUGAAACGGUUCCAACCCCUCCAGCCUUUGCACAAUCCCUUGUACAUCCUCAUAGAAUUUAUGCUGUGAAAAUGAAAUUUGGAAAUAAUUUAUGUUAGUGUAAUGAAAAAUAUUGUAUCCCCCCCCCCCCCCCCCCCCCCCCCCCCCACCCCCACCUUUUUGGACUUGACUUAAUUUCAUUGAUAAACAAAAGAAAUUCAAAGAAUAGAUAAGAAACCUUAAAAAAAAAAAUCAAAGUUAUCCAAAAUGUAAUGCGUCUUCUGAAGAGAUACACUAAGAAUUUAAUAAGGUAUCUAUUCAAAUAGCCAUACUGAACUGAAUUUUGUUGUACUUUUAUUUUUUUCUAUUUUUCAAGAAAGCUUCCAUAAGGUUGACAUUAGCUGGCAGUCUGAUUAUAUACAUGUACUACCUAUAUGUCAGGAUAGAUGUUUGUCACAUUCAUCACUUCGAUAUCUUUGCUCACAGUGUAAUGGUGACGUGAUGGUGUCAUUGUAGUGCAUAAUUCACAUUAUUCAGUCGAACGGGGUAUUUUAGUUUUUAGUUAUGAAUUAGCAGUAUCCACUAUCACAGCUUUUUUGAGAUGUGUUCACAUUUUGUAUUCCAUUUCUGGAAAUAUCAAAAUGAGUAUUAUGGCAUCACAGCUGUUUUUUCCUCUCAAAUAUACUUUUCGUUGACUGAUACUUUGGUCCUGCUUAGCUGGGUUUGGGCUGAUAAGACUCUAAAUACUUGACUUAUUUUAUGUUUAUGGAUGUCAAUAUUCGGACUGCCACAUGGUCACGAGGAGGCUGUCCUAAUAUGGACACCGUAUACAUGUAUAUUGAAUGACAUAAACCAUGAACUACAACUUAUUUCCCAAUAAGCACUGGUUGCUAAACUAACCCCCUCAAAAUCAUUGGAUAAAUGAUGCCCAGGACUGUAGCAAGAUUAUCAGAGGGUUAAUCACUCCUUGGUUGGGCUUAAAGGUCUCAAUGUAUAAUAAGGCUAUUGGAAUUAAGAACUAUCCAGGAAAGGUGUGACCGUUUGACUGAAGUUAACAAUCAUCCAAAGAGACAGGAGUCAUAUCACAUUGUUUCAUGAAGAUUUUCACAACUAAGCCAAAGAGACUAGUUUUUUUUAGACCAAAGUUUUAAACAAUGAGGAGGCAUAGAUGCAGUAAAGAGGCCAAUGGAACAUAGACCAUUGGGGGAUAGAAGAAGGACACCGGAUUGGCGCACGUUCAACAAAUCUCAAAUCAAAUUGGAUUGGUCACGUACACGUGUUUAGCAGAUGUUAUUGCAGGUGUAGCGAAAUGCUUGUAAGAGCUAGAAGCGAGGCAGCCCUCUCUGUCGGCUCCAUUUCCUCCCCAAUCUGAUCUUAACAAUGCCAAAUCUGUCAUGAUUUAUGUAUUGUAACAGGUCCACAAUGUCGUUACUAAAGUUCGAUUUGGAUAUAUUUGGCUGUUUCAUAACAUUUAGAAGUAGUCCAUUUUCAGGUUUAAGAAGAAGUGACUGCUAAAUGCUAACACCCGUUCGUAAAAGCUGGUAGCAUAGCUAGCAUAGAAAAAUCGGUGGUGGUAGUCAAAGUCAUUUUUAACUGUAAUGCAGUUGAUUGAUGAUGAUGACAUAAAUAUGUAUUGGGGUUGACAUCAAUACAAGCAUUAUACGCCAUUUAAUUUUUUUUUUUUUUUAACCUCAGCAUAGUUUCAAAAACACAUAAACAAUAGCCUAAAUGUAGGCACAUUUUCCUGGGGGCAAUAAAGAGAUUCGGGAUCUUUCCUCCAUGGCUUCUUUCCCCCGUGCGUUUCCAUGGCAUUUCCAUUGUUUUGGCCGACUUCUAUUGACCUCGUUACCGCAUCUAUCAUUUCAAAACCAAAUAUGUCAAAUGUUCUGGGGAUUCUUAAGUAUGUCCUCUUUUGUUUACACAUUUUCAAGUAAUUAAUUGUAUUUUAUUUUUUAAAGGAUUCUUUGCAUCAUUUUGAAACACCAUGGGAAAUGUUCCCACAGAGUAACAUUAGCUGAGAUUUGCACCGUAUUGCAAGUUAAGGGGAAAAGUAAAGACCCAUCUGUCUAUAUAGAGUUGACUUUACUGAUGUAUACCAAAAUACAAUACUGUACUAGGCAUCUAAUUAAAAUGCAGUUCUUUACUCAUUGAUGUUUCACUUUGGCAUUCUGAGUAUGACGUGGUAUCGAUCUCUGUGAAUGCUCCUUUUUCUUUUAAACUUGAGGUAAAGGAGAGUAUUGUAAGUAAAGUAAGUCCUAAUGUCUAUAAUAUUGAACUGCCUUGUUCAGAGGUUUUGAUUCAAGAUUUUCCUUGUCCCCGCUACAUCAAUAAAACAAAUGUAAAAAGCUAA